UUAAAACCAGUUUAAAUGAAACACAUCAACGUCUCAAUUACUAUAAUUUCAAAGCUUUAAACCUUUAUCUUGUAUACAUUAUAUUUUUCUUAUUUUUUGAAAUCCUGCAUUCUUUUUUUUCUUUUUGUUUAUUUACAUUUUGUACGUCAUUUCUCUUAUCAUCGGGUCUUCCACGAUUCUGCUUCUUUGAAGUUGCUUUUUCCCAAUCACUUUUAUAGCUCUUCAUGAGUUGACAGAUGAUUCAGUUUCAGGCCUAACGUGGAAUACAACAGACACGGUCGUGUUUAAAUCUUUAGUUCCUGGUGUUUCUGCCACUGUUUAAUCUGCUUGCAAAAAACUUUUUUUUUUGACACUUCCUACACUCCUUCUUCGGAUCGGGUUUAGGAAUAUAUUUUGGUGAGCUCUACAUCUAUAAGUUGUUCUUUCUUUUUGUUUCUUGUUUUCAUUCUAGCUCGUUGAGCUUUUCUUUUCCGGUUCUGUAGAAUUUUUUCUAUCCGACGUCGUCUAGUCAGAUAGAUCCGUUAAUCACGACAAGCUAUAUAGACGCCUCAUAGUUCCGUUUAUAGUUGGAUUGUGUUAUUUUUUAUUUUCCUAGAAAAAAAUUUUUUUUUUUUCAUAUUCUGUUUUGCUUAACGCAUCUAGAAAUUGUUGGUUCAUGAACUGCAAAGUUCCCAAACAUACAUCUUGACGGGAUUAUUUGCUUUAUUGUUCAGAAUAGUUGCUAUUCAUCAAUUACCAAGCUAUCUUUAAAAGUCUAGAAGGCUUACAUUGGAUUUUGUACUGUAUAGUACAGGUAAAAGGAAUAUCGAGCUCUGUUUGUUUUCUAAUCUCUUGGUCAUUUGUUUUCUUUUAAUCUUUUAAUUUUCGGCAUUUGGAUUUAAUUUUGUUAUAUAAUUGCCUUUGUAUGCCUCACUUUCUUAUCGCUUUUCGUUUCUUGUUCUGCUUUACUGAAUAGAGUCCUUUAACGGAGUAUACGCUAGAUCUGUUAUAAACUUUACCAAUUCUUUUCAAUACCAUGGAUGCAGACACGUUCUUAGACGGUUUGCCAGGAACGACCGUUAUGGUCAAAGAUCACCAUUACGCUUCUUCGGAAAAUAGUGAAUUGAAACGUGAUGGUGAUAUUGUGCUUCAACCUCAGCCGUCCGAUGAUCCAAACGAUCCUUUAAAUUGGAAACCAUAUAGAAAAAACUGGCACAUUGCUUUGAUCUGUGUGUUUACUUUGGUUACCAGUGCUAUAGCAAACGAUGCUGGUUCUGCCCAAGAUCAAAUGAAUGAACAGCUUGGUAUUUCUUACGACGCCAUGGACAAUGCCGCUGGUGUUUUGUUUAUCUGCGUUGGCUACUUUACCUAUAUCUUUAUGCCUGCCAGUCAGUUGUAUGGAAGACGUUGUGUUUAUAUGAUUUGCCUUGUGUUUGGUAUACUAGGUUCUCUAUGGUUUGCUAAAACGAACGAUACGCCAAAUUCGGUUGCUAAUCAGGCAUUUGUUGGAAUCAGUGAAUCGGCCUCAGAAGCUCUAACACAAUAUUCUCUAUCUGAGAUUGUUUUCGAACAUGAGCGUGGUAUUAAAAUUGGUAUUUACAUUCUUUCUACCUCCGUUGGUACCUAUCUUGGUCCCUUGGCUGCUGGAUACGUCGCUUCCUCUCAAGGCUGGCGCUGGAUUGGUUGGUGGGGUCUAAUUUGUUGUGCCAUUACCUUUGUUCUCUUUUUAUUUACUUUUGAAGAGACUGCGUUUGAUCGUACCAAAGCCUAUGAAAUUGGAAGACAACGACUUGUUGCGACCCAGGAAAGUGCUCAGAAACUAGAUGAAGAUAAAGAAGACGAUCAACAAAUAAAUGAAGAGAAAAAGGAUGAUCAAGAUCAUUCUUUAGACAAACCUAAAAACGAAGUUUCUGUGAAAGAGUUUACGGGCGCUUCCAUGGAUACAUACAAACGUCCGACUUAUUGGCAACGGAUCGCGCUAAUUACCCCUGCCACAUCACUUUCUGGUUGGGGUUUCCGACAAUAUGUAGUACGACUCGUCCAAACCUUGCACAUUUUUCUUUUCCCUGCUGUCAUUUAUUCAGGUCUACAAUGGGGCGCUCAAAAUGCUUGGUUGACGUUUUACUUGACUACGAUGGAAGAGGAUUGGAUGGAAGCACCCUAUAAUUAUGGUGAUAAUGCUGUAGCAAUUAUGAACGUUCCACUUAUUAUUGGAGCCACCAUUGGAUGCUUUUACGCCGGUUACUUGGGUGAUUAUAUAGUAAUUUGGUUUGCUAAGCGUAACAAGGGUGUCAAAGAAGCUGAGAUGCGUCUUUGGAUGAUGAUUCUUCCUUGUAUAAUUAAUCCUUUGGGUCUAUUUUUAUUUGGCAUCGGAACUGCUCGUCAUUGGCAUUGGGCUCCUUCUUAUGUUGGUCUGGGAUGUAUAGGUUUCGGAUGGGGUUGCGCUGGUGAUACCGCAAUGGCUUAUUUGAUGGACGCGUAUCCAGGAAUGGUUCUUGAAGGCAUGGUUGCUGUAUCUGUAAUUAAUAAUACUUUUGGUUAUGUUUUUACAUUUGCUUGUCAAAGCUGGAUCGAUAGCAUUGGAACCGAAAAAACCUACAUUUCUAUUGGUGUCUUAUGCUUCUUUAUCAUCUUCACAUCGUUCCUUAUGAUAUUGUUAGGAAAACGGAUGCGAAAGAUAACCGCUAAGCACUAUUUCGCAUUCCUACGUGUUCGUAGCCUUUUGGAUAAUCAAAAUUUGGAAGAAAACCAUGAAACAAGUGUUGUUGUCUAAUUCCCGAAUUGUGUAUUUGUAUGUAGAUAAGGUUUUUUUUGUUUUUUGUUAAUAAAUAUAUUUGUUUUCGUUUAUUUACUUCAUA